CCGGUCCUCCGGUCCUCCGGUCCUCUGGUGAUGUAGCGGAGCCGCUCGGCAGGACUUUAACCCGCGGACUCAGGUCUGAUUACUGACAGGUCCGGUUCACUAAGAGGUCUGGUUCACUAAGAGGUCUGGUUUACUAAGAGGUCCGGUUCACUAAGAGGUCUGGUUUACUGAGAGCUGCUGGAGUCGGACAGAAGCUGGAUCCGCUGCGGGUUGAACCGGACUGGAGCUGCUGGUCCGAGUCGUCCUGGUUGAUCUAAGAACCGGAUCUGAGAUCCUGAACCGAGAGAGACUGCUGCUGGAGGAUCUCUGUCACUCCGUCGGGUUGAUAUUUUUCUUCUGUGGGAAAUAAAAAGGCGACUUGGAGAAAGUGUCGCUGCGGAGUUGAGGCGGAGGGAAGCUGGUGGAUUUAGUUCUCUAGUUCAGUAGAACUGAGGAAGAAAUCUGUUUUAAAGAGAAGACAGUGAAGCUUCCAGUCUGAUCUCAGCUGCUCGGGAAUUUAAAAAGUGGACUCAUCAAACCAGUUCACCAGCAGAAUCCUUAAACCUGAUCCAGGAGGGACUGGACCCGUCGGAGUUCCAGAUUAAACAUGCCGCAGGUGGAAAUGAUCCUCUUCCUCAUCCUCGUCAUUGUCCUGUGUGUGUACGGCCAGGACCCGGCGUCCAAGGUGGUGUCGGACCGCUACGCCGUCUACUGGAACCGGACCAACCCCAAGUUCUAUCGGGGAGAUUACCACAUCGACGUCUGCAUCAACGACUACCUGGACGUCUACUGUCCUCACUACGCCGGCCCGGUGUCUGACGAGCGCGCCGAGCGCUACGUCCUCUACAUGGUCAACUACGACGGCUACAGCUCCUGCGACCACACCGCCAAGGGCUUCAAGCGCUGGGAGUGCAACCGGCCUCUGUCGCCCAACGGGCCGCUCAAGUUCUCCGAGAAGUUCCAGCUGUUCACUCCGUUCUCUCUGGGCUUCGAGUUCCGCCCCGGCAGAGAGUAUUACUACAUCUCUUCCAUCACUGACGACAAAGGAAGGAGGAGCUGCCUUCGGCUGAAAGUCUUCGUCAGGCCUCAGAACAAUUGUGAGAAAAGCCCUGGGACCGUGCAGGAAGGGGUCGACUUUGACGACAACAGUCACAACUCCCUAGAACCCCGAGACGGCAUCAGCCACGAGUCUCCAGAGCCGGCCAGGAGGGACGUGAACUCUGCGGGUCUCUGCCAGACUUCAGUCCUGCUGCUCAGCUCCGCCCUCAUACUGCUGGCGGCCAUCUUGUCUUUAUAGCGCCUGGUCUAAGGAACCCCAAGGAAUGGACUGUCCUGAUUGGACCACAGGCCGCCCUACCCUGCAACCCCUCCCCUUAAGGAGCACUUUUUAAAAAAAUACAUAAAAGAACACUGAGAAUCUCUCUGAGUGAGAAGAGAGAAGGAGGGACUUCGUCGCUGAAGCCGUUGUUGUUUUUUUGACUUGCCAACUCGAGUGAUUCUUGACUUUCUAGCGGGUGCUGAUGGCCCCGAGGUGAAGGAGGCGUGGCCUCUUUUACACAUUCGCCUCACUACCGUUCACAGUAUGCAGAUAUUAAACAUUUCUUUGUGCUGAAGACAAGCACACAUACAUGCUUUCAAACAUAAACACACACAAUCAGUACACUCGUCAGCUCGAAGCACAGCAGGAUCCCUCAGAAGUUUACAGACUUUUCAAAUAUUGUUUUGUGUUCAGGAAAACAUCACGUAACCCCUCGACAUAUAACAUGAUUAAAUCUCACGCAAAGUGGAAAAGGGUUUCAAAGAAGAUCUGAGAGCAACACGUCAGGCCGAGGAAAAGGAAAAAGAACCAGGAUGUUGUUGCUAGAUGGUUGCUAGGAUACGAGGCGGUGAUGAAUUAACCUUCCUCUCAGGUUAAAAAGUCUCAGACUGUGGAGGUAAAAAAAAGAAAAGAAAGAAGCACUCGUCUUUAGUGUUUGGAUAGGGCCGAUUUAAUGAUCGAUUAAUAUUUGUUUUUGUUUUUUUAAUAAAAUCACCUAAUUCAAUUGUAGCAACCAACUCGGGUGUACAGUAAAAUAUUUGAACGGAGCGUACAGGUGGAUUUGGUAUUUUGCCAGGCAAAAUGUAUUUUCCUAUUUAUUGUGAAGUCCUCGUGCUUUUUCUGUUCUGGUUUAGUCUGUAAGUACAGUAGAAAGGCAAUAAAAAAAACAAUACACUAAUUACCCAUUAAGUUAGUUCAUUUUCCACAGUUUUUUGGAUACAAUCAUACAAAAACACUGAGUACCGUUUAUGUAUCUGUUGGAUUGAUCGCUGAUGGUCUUUUAAUUGUUUUUAACAAAGUCCAGGAUGAAAAAAAAGUCUGAUGUGCUAUCAGGGUGUAGAAAUCGUAGAAUAUUUGUCUUUCGAUUUUUUGUCAUUAAAAAUGUCACAAAUGUAGUUUUACUAUUACACCAUUGCUUUUGUGAAUCACUGUCAUAACACAGCUAUUGUAUAUAAAGACGAAUUUACAAAGUUCAGGGAUGUGUCCAUGCCUAACAUGAGGUCAAAACAAAUCUUUUUUCUAAUCAGGAGGUUCCUCUUCCUCCACUAAAGCAGCACAAGGUUUCCGUGGCUAAAUGUUUCAGUGGGCAGUGAGCAGCUGGUAGUGUGUGUGGGGCGGACGCUCUUUGAUGUCGUGUAAAGUGGCGUCUGUACAGAAAAUACACCGGGGGCGCCCUCGUACCGGGUAUUUCUGGAAUGAAAAAUCGACCACCAGCAGAGAUGGAAUAAACAGAGCGAGGUGUCCUGUUCUCUCAGGGCAAACUGAAACUCUGCACCGGUCCUCAAAGCACCUGAGAGAGGAACAUGUGGAGCUCCGUAGAGCUCCUGCUGAGAUCAAUAGUUGGCUGUUCUCCAACAGGGAACAUGCAGUAAACAGAUAUUUUCCACUAGACUUGUGCACAUCAGCGAUCGGCUUGACUAUCAAAGAUUGACGAUUCCAAAUGUUUUUCCCCGCAAAUAUUACGGAACUAAAUUGUUAAAAUUUGUAUCUAAAAGGAGCUGAAUUUCCAGGAGAUGUUGGAAGUUUAAUCACUCUACUCCUUAAAGGAAUACUUCAGUCCUAAAAUGAUCAGUUAUAUAUCCAUUACUGACCCCGUGUUAUCGUCAAUUCUUAAACUGUUUUUGGAUUCUUGACAGAAAAAACAGAGAAUAUUCUGGAUGAAUUGAAAUAAAUGAGUGCCAUAUUAUCAUACCGUAUGAAAAAACAUUAAUGUAUCUCAGUGAUUAAUCUCAUCUAUCUAAUCUAAUUCUAGGAGAAAAGAACUAAAAGGGAUCACAGCGAUAUUAGUUUGAGAACAUUUUGGCCCACAAAGUUUUGAUUUUGAGGGCUUUAAAGGCACAGUGUGCAGGAAUAGUGGCCCCUCCUCCCCGACUCAACAAAGUAAAACAAAUCCAAGAUUUUUGGAACGAGCUUCGUCCGCUUGGCAUCUUUCCUCGCUGUUUUGCUUUCAGUGUGUUUACUUUUUCAGUUGCUUUGUGCCCAAAGGAAGACGCCCCGAAACAUCCCUAACACAGCAAUUUAAAAAAAGAAGAAAAAAGGAGAAACUCCAGGCAGAUGGCAGAGUCUCUGCAGAUACAGACGCCACACACACUAGUGUGCCUCAACGGCUGCUUGAGAGCUUUUCUUUCUUUUUUUAAAGGAAAAUCCUGCAUAGUAAACCUUUACAGAUGUUACUGAGGGUAAGAAUUACUCAGUUGAGGGCACAAAUGUCCACUUUAUUAAAUCUCUUUUCCUCACACCUACCAGCCUGGACAUGAAGACUCCACUGUCACUGGAACCAUUGCCUCGCCACGCCACAAUGAGAAAAACCAAUCAGUUAGUUUGUGGAUACUGUGUAUCCAACAAUUAGCCUGUUGUAACAUACAGUGUUAGAUACUCUCUCUUUUUUCACACCUCUUUUGAAGGGCACAUUAAUGUUCUUAGCAAGAAAAAAAGUUCAAUGUUUGAUAUAAAAAAUGCUUCGUUUCAUUUUAUAUGUCUUUUAUAUGAAACAAAAAAAACAAACAGGAUCAACAUUGCACCUUCUCUCUGUAAAUGUGUUUGUCAUAAAUCAUGCAGUGUGGUCGGGUUACAAUCAUGGUCAGAGGGUCUGAAGAAGGAACACGUGGAUUUAGAGCUACAGUAUCUGUUUCCCCCUAAAGACGCUCUGGUUCAUGGUGUUGUUGCAUCAAACGUGUCUUUAAGGAUGUUCUUUGUGUCUGUUGUGGUCUUCUGCUAAUCUUCACCUCCAGCUGUUUCCGAGCUGGGAUCACCGUGAAGAAGCUGUUGUGGGUUCAGGAUCGGCUCUUAUUGGUGUAGAAGCUCAAUGUGUUUGAGGAAGUGUGUUCCACCUCAAAUGUUGAUGUUUCAUUGUAUUGAGCAGACUGUGCUACAGGGAGAGCGAAUCAUUGGUUCUAAGGACUUCUACUUCACCUGGUUCUGUUACCAUGUAGCCUCCAGCUAACACUGUGUCCCUGGUUUGGAGGUUUCCAUUAAACAAUCAAUGUGUGCUUUUGUCAGUGCAUUGGGAACUUUAGGACACGGUCCUUCCACAAAAUACGAACCCAUGAGUCGUUUGUCCAGCCUCCUUAUCCUCUGGUCCGUAUUUCAUUUUUUAGCUAGAGGCGCCAUCUAGUGGCUGCAGUUAUUAUUAAUGACGUAAAGGCAGAAGUGAUGAAGUGUGAAAGCGAAGUGGAAGCCAGAACUAAAAGGUCCCGUAGUGGAUCAGGACUUUUACCCGCCACUCAUGUCCCUGAAGUAAACAAUGUUGAUUGACUUUUUCACAGAAUUUGAUUGAAAGAAACUUCGGUCACCUUUUAAUGUCAUCAUCUUCAGGUAGAUACGUCAGCUAUGUAGCUAGCUCACUUCUGGCAGUUACAUUCAUGUAUUUUACCUUUUAAACUAACUUUUAUAACGCCAACGUUUCCCAGCGUUAAGGAUGUGUAGAAAAUGGUGACGUUAAGUUUACGCAUGAGGACGUGAUAAUCAUUCUGGAAAUGCUCCUGUUGGUCGUAUUUUGGGGAAGGAACAAACGGCCCAUGAGGUCAUAAAGUUUGAUGGACUUGUUGUACUUUAGUCACAACUGUAUCUUUUCCCAAACUAAACAUGGACGUGCCACAAAACCGUAUUACAUUACUUUUAACAUUGUAGUAAGUGUACCUUGUGCCUAUAUGAUCCCCAACCUCCUGUACUCAUCCAAACUAUUCUAAUGUCUGUUUCCUCCUCACUAGAAUUUUCUACAAAAAGGCCAUUUUCUUUGUAAAUACACGUGUUGGAGCAGCUAUGACUAACUAAAGCAAACAACAAAAAAAGAUUUAAUAAAUAUUU